AUGGAAAGUCACCAGUCCCUAGCUACACUUUUAAGAAUGGAAGGUGAUCAGCAACAACAGUCAGGUGGAAAUGUUGAUGUUAUUUCAAUGGUUAUUUGGUUAUCAACAGGAAAUGGAAAGUUCUAUGAAUUACACGGUCAACGGGAAAUAAUAAAACAAGUGUUACCAAAAUCGCCGGAUAAUGCAUACCGAUGGGGAUAUUAUAACAGCCCUGCUGAUCCUGAUCGAGCCUCGUACACACAAGUUCUAGAAGCAUUUCUAAAGAAUGGUUUUCGAAUCGAGGGCAGUUCUGGAGCGGGUACACAGGGUUUACUGCGUACACAAUAUAUCCUUGUUAAACGUGCAACAUCAUAA